GCCCCCGUCUUUCUCCCUGUCCCUCCCUCUGUCUCUUCUUCACUGUCUGUCCCUCGGUCACUCCCCCUGUCUCUCCCGCCCUCCCUCUGUCUCCCACACAUGUCUCUGUCUCCCUGCCUCUCUGUCUGUCCCUCGGUCACUCCAUCUGUCUCACCCUCUUCUUACCCUCUCUCUGUCCCCUCUCUGUCCCUCCCUCUGUCCGUUCAUCCCUUCAUCUAUCCCUUCGCGUCUCUGUCCCUACCUCUGUUCUUCAGCCUGUCCCUCCCUCUAUCCCUCCAUCCAUCUGUCUCUCCCUCCUAUCUCUCUGUCCCUCCCUCUCUCUGUCCUCCCUCGGCCACUCCCUCUGUCUUACCUUCUUCUUACCCAUCCCAUCGUCUCCAUCUGUCUCACCCUCUGUCUCUCCCUCCCUGUCCCUCUGCCUAUUCAUCGGCCACUCCAUCUGUCUCACCCUCUGUCUCUCCCUCCCUCUGUCCCUCCCUCUGUUCAUUCAUCCCUUCAUCUGUCCCUUCAUCUCUCUGUCCCUACCUCUGUUCUUCCGUCUGUCCCUCCCUCUAUCCCUCCAUCCGUCUGUCCCUCUGUCUUUCCCUCCUAUCUCUCUGUUCCUCCCUCUCCCUGUCCUCCCUCGGUCACUCCCUCUGUCUUACCUUCUUCUUACCUUCUGUCCCUCCCUCGACCUGUCCCUCCCUCUGUCCACCCAUCCCUUCGUCUCUCCUCCUCUGUCCCCCCUCUGUCCUUCCAUCUCUCCCUCCCUCCCUGUCUCCCCCCCCUCUCUCUGUACCUCCCUCGUUCUGUCCCCGUCCCUCUUUCUGUCCCUCGACGUUUGUCCCUCCUCUAUGUCCCCAUGUCUUUCCCUCUCUGUCUCUCCUUGUGCCCCUCCUUUUCUCUGCCCCCCUCUGUCUGUCCCUUCCUCUCUCUGUCCCUCCGUCUGUCCCUCCCCCGCUCUUUCCAGCCCUCUGUCCCUCCAUCCGCCUGUCCCUUCCUCCAUCUGUUCCUCCCUCCAUCUCUCCCUCCCUGUCUAUCUCUCCCUCCCUGUCCCUGUCUGUCUCACUCGCCCUGUCUCUCCCUCGCUCUGUUUCUCCCUCUGUCUCCCUGAGCCCCUCCCUUCCUGUGUCUUCAAUACACUGUGUUUAUAUUCAUGAGAUAAAGAAGCUAUUGAUGUUCAGUGAAAAAAAUGUGACAACCCUUGUGGACUGUUCCGACUACUUAGCUGCUGUGGGCAUAUGUUUUGUUGCCUGGUAACCUGACUUUAGGCGAAUGCCUGGAUUCUUUAAUUAUGAUUUCGUCUUUUUGAAAUUGUUAUAAGGCUACAUCAUUGACAACAUGAGGAAAUAAACCAGUGCAAGCCUUCUAGUUGAUCUUCUACAAUGCCAAUUUCACAGCCUACAAGGCCUUCGGAACUCUACUGCCAGGAUGGUGGCCUAAUCAACUAGAUCCAGCCGCAUCGCACCCAUUCUAAAAGAUCUCCAUUUGGCUCCCUGUUUCUGACUGAAUAGAUUUUAAACUUCUUAAAUGUGUAAAUGGCACCGUUCCUAAAUAUCUAUGUGAACUUGUUCAAUCUUAGAUUCCAUUUGGGAUCAAAAUCUCUCAGGAUGACAACUUUGGGUUUUCGUUCAUUUGAAAUUAGCUACUGUUAGAAGGUGGAACUCAUUACCUAUUAAUCUAAGUCGAUGCAUCUCUUUAUCGUCAUUCAAAAACUCUUCGAUUUUAAACAAGUUAUAACUCAGUGUUGAUUCAGUCGCGUCGGCUGCAGGAUUAACUUCACAGCAAGUUAAGAUGGAAUCAAAGACAUGAAAGCAUGGUCUAAUAAUUGGAAAAGUCUUCCUGAAAACCAAAAAAGUACUUAUUGUCAAAGAGCCAAACAAACUGUGCCAAUUAAAAGCCGCCGCUCUAUUAAAACAGUUAGAUGCUCUUCUUCAGAAAAUAUCAGACUGCGACAUUGACAUUGCUGCGGUUGGGUUUUCCAGUGAUAAACUUUUUAUCGCUGGAAAUGGAAAAAUGAACGAUUAUUUUUCACAAGAAUGUGUCCAAACAUCAAUAGUUAAACACUUCAGUUCUCAAACGUCCGGUCAAGAAUCAAAUGAAUCAAAUCAGGAGAAACUCUCAGUUUUACAAGCGAGAGCAAGAGAGCACUUUAACAAGCUUUAUGCUAAAGCUACAAAUUCAAAUCGGAAAUUCCCAUAUAAAUCUGUACAGACUGGUAGAAUAUCUAUAAAGGGACUACCCGUUCCAUUACUUCCACUGGCACAACCAUCCCAUUGUAAAAGAGAGACGCUUUCACUGAUGUUAUCAGUAGAAGAAAUUAUAGUUGAUCAACCUGCACCCGAAAAAUACGUGGGGGAACCAUUCACCAAUAAACAGAUAACAGCAAUACCAGCUAUUAUAGUUGAUCAACCUGCUCCCGAAAACUCAGCUAAUGAAAUAUGCACCAAUGAACGGAUAACAUCAAUUCCAGGAAACCAAUCAAUCACGAAUGAACCAAUGGCAGCAAUUAUUAAUAGACAGUGGACAGCCGAACCUCAUAAUGAACCACCAGUACCAUCACUCGUAACUAACACCCUCUAUUUACAUUGAUCAGGAUGGAAAAGUACAAAUUGUAGUAAAGAAAUCUUAACUUUAUACCCGCCUUUAUGUGCUAUAAUAUAUCAGUAAUUAAGUCAGUCAUUAUCUGGUUGUAUAUCUCCAUGUACAAUAGCAUAACAUGUUAGUAAUUAAGUCAGUUACAUGUAUAGUUGUAUAUCUCCAUGUACAGUAGUAUAAUAUGUCAGUAAUUAAAUCAACUGUGAUAUAGUUGAAUAUUUCCAUGUACAGUAGUAUAACAUGUCAGUAAUUAAAUCAGUUCUACUCUAGUUGUAUAUCUCCAUGUACAGUAGUAUAACUCUCGGUGUCAACGCUAGCCUGCGAUAUUUAUUGGAUUAGGAUCCGAAUUGCUGCUCAUCUUUCAAUCAUGAUUUAAUUAUGAAAUGGGUAAUUUAGACUAUGUUUUUUAUCGUACCGACAUUAGUAAUGAUGAUCGAGGCUAGGUCGAAAAUUCAAUCGCUAAAAUCUUGGUUCAGAAUGGAUCAAUUCAAAUGAAAGUUUCAGCAAAUUGCCUUUACGUCAGUGAUGGGAUUUUGCCCGUAUAUUCCGGACAUGUCCGACGCUAUUUUCUGAACUUCCAAAAUUGUCCGACCAGGAAUAUGCCCAAUCGGACAUCAAGAUAUGGUAAAUAAUAUUCAAAAUUCCAAAAUUAAUAUAGUGUACUGAGUGUAUAACUACCACUCAACCCGAUUAUCGUUAAUAAUAGGCUGGAUUGAUUAGGUAAUUAAGUGAUUAACGUAUUUAUCGUGUUAUACCGUCUAUACACCUACCUUGAUUAACUACUUAAUCUGCCAUGAUUGACUGGCUUAAUCUUUUAUUGGACAGUUCAUCAAUCUAAUCUUAAACAGAUGUCAUGGCUUCCCCUUUGUCGAGCUAUUCAUCAAUCCAAUAAGAGCGAUUAUAAUUUACCAACCGACAGCAUGUAUAAACUAGUCUUAGAUGUCACAUAUCAUUAGAGUACAUGUAUAUAACACCCAAAUCAAUGGACAGUCAUUUUGUCUACAAUAUCUUUUACGUCUUUUAAGGCUCCAUAUAGAAAUUCUUAUCAACAGUGGCACUUUCCCGCGAUAUCGAUUGCCGAACGAAAAUCGCCUACAAGGCAGAGCUUACGUUGAAACUAUGAGUCGCGUACGCCAUACGCUGAAGGAAGCUUUUUAUAAGUAGGUACGGAUCGGCAAGGUUUCGUUCUAUCGUAUUACGAAAACACGUAAUUUUAUAGGAAUAUUACUGACAUAAAUUUGAAACGAAAUGAAAUGAAAUGAAAUGAAAUGAAAUGGGGUUUAACGUCCUACUGUUCUGCUCCUAGCCUGGACUAAUGAAGACGGGCAUACGCCAUACAGUGUGCUAUGAGGGGAAUUUUGCUACGGCCUACUCUUAUAUCGAAUUCCAACUGCCAAGGGAUCUUUUACGUGCAUGCCAAUAUGUACACGGGACCUCGGUUUUUCGUCCCACCCGAACGACUAGACAGAUGUCCUUGUCAGACAUAAAUUUGAACACCCCACGGGAAUUAAAUAGGAAAAAUAACAAGGUGUUCCUAUUUUUUUAUUACGCGCGGAUUUGAAUAUUUUGUUGACAUUUUAUAAAGUAGAAAAUGAUUCUUAUUCCGGAAGUUCUGCAUUCAUUUGCUGCCGUAUAAACAACAAAGACACGUAAUGCCUACUAUUGUGAAUUUGAUGCCGAAGCAGGAGUUAUUUUGUAGGAAUGUUACUGAGAUAAAUUUGAUUACCGUACGGGAAUUAAAUAUGAAAAAUAGCGAGGUUCGCCUAUUUUUAUUACGUACGACAUUUGAAUAUUUUAUUGACAAGUGAUUGACACGUUCAAUUGCCGUUAUCUAGUUUUUAGCUAUUAUAGUGAGAACUGCCAGCUCUUUAUCUAAUCCCAUAAUGUAUCUUUAAGUCAGUUGUACUCUAGUUGAAUAUCGUCAUGUACAGUAGUAUAAAAUGGCAGUAAUAAAUUAGGGAGGUUGGAUAGCCUGUGUCACAAGGUCUGUCAUUGAGUCAACUGCCAUGGUUUCAAUUCUCCGGUUGUACGUGACAAGGAGUAGCAUCGCCUUUCCAACCUCGUCGGUUUUCUCUGGGUCCUUCGGUUCCUCCCACUGCUAAAGACCCCUUGCAAGCGAAUUAUUGAAAUGAAAUGUUCUCUCUCGCUCAGUAAUAAAUUUAGUUAUUAUCUUGUUGUAUAUCACCAUGUACAAUAGUAUAACAUGUCAGUAAUAAAGUCAUCUUGAUAAUAUGUAGUAAUUAACUCAGUUAUUAUGUAGUGAUAUGUAAACCAGCAUGUUAUUGUUACUUCCAGCUGAUCUUUUUUAUUUCUGUAGUGUAUGAAUUGGUUGAAUUUGUGUAAUAAAAUAUGAAUUUAUUGUC